AGUGUUUACCCGGAAAACGAGAGCUCGGUCCAACAAACUGCCCUCAACAUCUACAAUUUACCGAUUUCUGUCACACAUUACCGCCUAAUCUGACCGCAAACAGGGGCGCAAUGUACAGCGGACUCCUGCCCAAAGGUGUCACCGAGGACGACCUCAGCCCGGAUGACCAAGAGGAUGAGCAGGGGGAUGGCGUUGACGGGAGGAAGGAGGAGGAGGAGGAGCAGAAGAAGUGUGAGGGCUCUGCUGAAAAGUUGAGCUCUGUCGGGGAGAAACAGUCGACUCACGCUGCCAGCGAUGCAGACAGUGAUUCCCCGACAUGCGGUAUACCUGGUAUAUCCCAGGAAAUGUGGCAAAAAUUCCAGGAUCUACGCAAGAAGAACGACGAAAUGAAGACAAUGAAGGUCCCCAGGAAAAGAAAGAGAAGACGGCACAAGAAAGCAGGAGCAGAAAGUGAGGAACCUACACAGACAAGCAGAGAGCAUCAGGAGGAGCGGGAGAAACACUGGGAUGAGCUUAAGCAGUAUUUUGGUGUAAAUGAUCGAUUUCAUCCCCCUGCAUGUUCCAAACCCCCUCCGAAGUCCGGCCUAGAAAAGAGCAUAGAGAGGGCCAUAGCUGAAGGGGACAUUGCAAAGGCGGAGGAGAUGAGCGACAGACUCGCCACUCGAGAGCUGGCUGUGAAUAUCGCUCAAGCUGCUGAUUGCCGUGACUUUGUGCAACGCAAACAGGAAGAGGAAGCUUUGAGGGAAGCGCAGAAGAGGAGGAAGGACAUCGCCUGGGGGUUUGAGGCUAAGAGACGAUGGGAAACCAAAAGCAACAUGGGCUUCAUGUGACAAACGCAGAGGGAAAGGAGGACUGUGAUUUAUUUAUUUAUUUAAAGUUAAUUUGAUAAAAGUAGUGUUUUUUUUA